GCCGUUGUCACUUUUAUAGUAUUUUUACACCACACACUGAGUCAACCUCUUUCAUGUCCUCCAGACCAUCAGACUUCUUUCUCCGCCCACUAAUGAGGUUACCUGGUUAGGAGGGAAGCUAUAAAUGCAUGACUCCGCUCUGAGAACAACACAAGAGGACCCAAAUCUGUCUCUCCUGCCAGUUCAAGGGUCCUGCCCUGUGAAUUCUGCACCAGCUACUGCUCAUAGCUUAUUCUUCAACUCCUCAAAGACUGAGAGUAUUAGCAACGAGGGAGUAGCUAAGAAGCUGCCGUUAAGGGAUCAGCCAUGGUUGGAGGCAUCCACAAGGAUUUUCUGGUCGCAGUGGCUCUACUCUUUUUCACUCAAACACAGACUCAGUGCAGGGCUGAGAAUGAAAUGUUAGUUACUUUACCAGACUGGAGGACAAAUUCAGGAUAUGUCACUCAAUGUUCCUACGACAGGAACACAGACUCAAUCUGUGACUGGACAAGGAGACAGGAAAUAACAGAGGACAUUACAGUGGAUAUUUUAGAGAGUGGUCCACUGGGUGUGGAGGAUGAGGCCUGUCUAGAGUUCUGGUACCGGGCCCCAGCUGCAGCCAAUGGCUCAGAACACAGAGCUCUGCUGAAAAGCAGUGCAGGCCUGGUAGAAAUCUGGACCUCUCCUGCCAAUCCCAGAAAUGUAUGGAGCCAAGUGUUUGUCCCCUUAAACGUCACUGAACCAGCCACUCAGGUGGUACUGGAGGAAAGGUCCACUGAUGAACAGGUGACAUAUAGACAGAUAGGCGUAAGAAGAGGCUUUUGUGGUCCCCAGUGUGAGUCCAACACAGAGUUAUGGACAGACGAGUCCACUCAUUGCCUCUGCUCUGCUGGACAUCUGUCCUGCUCCCCAUCUCGGUGCCCUGAGGGCCACGUGUGUGGUCCUCAAAGAGGCGGCUCCAGUGAGACCUCCGCCUCGGGGACGUGCACUAUACAUGCGCACACCGAAUGCAGCACCUUUGAUGGAGUGCUGUUUCGCUUCAUGGCUCCCUGCACCUACGUACUGGCUAAGACCUGCUCACCCGCCGAGGGCCUGCCCCCGUUCAGCGUGGAAGUGGUUUAUGAGCAGAGCGGGAACUCUUCUGUGACGACUGUGCAGCAGGUCUCUGUGAGCACAAGGGCGUUCAGAUUGUCCCUGCUGAACGAGGAGACGCAUCGGGUCGUGGUUAACGGAGUCUGGAAGAAGCUCCCGCUGAACCUGAGAGGCGGCGCAGUCAACAUAAAAGGAAACCCUGCUGCGGUUCUACUUGGAACCGACUUUGGCCUGUCUGUAUCGUUUGACAACGCCGGAGCCGUCCACGUCACGCUGCCGUCCAGCUACGCCGAUAAGGUCUGCGGCCUGUGCGGUAACUUUAACCACUUCAAAGGAGAUGACCUCCGCCAGCACGAUGGCACAGUUGAUCGAGAUGGUCCAACUCCGGCUGAGAGUGGCCAGACUCCUCAAGCCACCUCCUCCUGUGACACUGCUCUAGUCCCUCAUCAGUGCGACCCGCUGCAGGAAGCACAGUAUGCCAGUGAGUCGCACUGUGGAGCCCUCUUAUCUAAUAAUGGCCCCUUUGCUGAAUGUCAGUCAGUUCUGGCAGCAAAGAGUUACUUCAGGGGCUGCGUGCUGAGUAUGUGCACUACUCAUGGUGACCCAGCUGUACUGUGUGAGACAUUACAAGCCUAUGCUGACAUCUGCCAGAAGGCUGGAGUCAAUGUAACCAGAUGGCGGAACUCCACAUUCUGCUCCCUUCAGUGUGGUGUAAACAGCCACUACAACCCUUGUGCUGAUGGCUGUCCCGAGGUCUGUUCCAGUAUGGAUAUCGUUGGGUCGUGCGGAAGCUGUGAGGAAAGAUGCGAGUGUGAGUCCGGCUUCAAACUCAGUGGAGGAAAGUGUGUCCCGUCGGAAGAUUGCGGGUGCUGGUAUAGUGAAAAAUACUACGAAAAAGGCGCCGCGUUCGUGAAAGGAGAGUGUGUGCAGCAGUGUCUGUGCAUGGGUAACAAUGACGUGCAGUGCACGUCGAUGCAAUGCGCACACGACGAAGUCUGUAAGGUCGAGGAUGGGGAAAGAGGCUGCUUCGCUUUUACACGAGCCACCUGCAGUGUGUAUGGCGAUCCACACUACAUCACCUAUGACGGAAUGGUUUACGACUUCCAAGGGGGCUGCAGUUACACACUGACGACAACAUGCGGCGGAGAAAGUUCAGUGCAGUUCACCAUUAUCGGACACAACGUGCACCCGCCCCUCCAGAACUUUACCCGUUCCAAGCUGGAAGCGGUGACUCUGCAGGUUGAGGGCCUUCACCUCACGCUGAACCAAAGUGGAGAGGUCUAUCUGAACAGUAGCAGCGUUCAGCUCCCCUUUACCGCCCAAGGAACAUUUGGCUCAGUGAUGAUCUCCCUGAAGAACAAUUACAUCGCCAUGGAGACGACUUUUGGGCUGCAAAUGGUGAUCGAUGGGAAGAACCGGCUCUUCUUGCAAGUGGACGAGCACUACAAGUACGAACUGUGUGGACUGUGUGGCACCUACUCCGGAUACCAGGGUGAUGACUUUGUCACACCAGGGGGCGAAAAUGCCUCAGAGGCGUUUGAAUUUGCCAACAGCUGGAGGGUCCUCGACAACAAGGAGUGCACUGCUUAUCCUAAUGAUCCAAGGGCUUGUGAUAUUGACCAAGAGGACGAGGCCUUCAACCAGUGCUACGCACUGCUGGGGGAUGCGUUCAGGCCGUGCCACGAGCUGAUCCACCCAAGCAUCUACAUCAGCAGCUGCGUGUACGACUACUGUGCCACAAACGGCGAGCAAAACACCCUCUGUGAAUCCCUGAAGUCGUACGCAGCAGCCUGCCAGGUUGCAGGAGUGGAGCUCCCGCCCUGGCAGGCCGGCACAGCCUGCGCUGAGCCCGCAACCACUGCAACUCCUCCAACAGCAAGCCCUACCACACCAACACCAGAUCACACUUUUUGUCCCAUAAACUGUGACUUUGAGAAAAAUUUGUGUGGGUGGCAGCAGCUUAUACAGGACAGUUUUGAUUGGACACAACGCUCAGGACCCACCCCUUCAAAUCUAACGGGGCCAAACGUAGACCACACCACAGGAGAGGGUUUCUACUUGUACAUCGAAGGAAACGAUGCAACAUACGGGGACCCAGCGCGUCUCCUCAGCUCAGUGUGCAAUUACAAUGGCCCACUUUGCUUCCACUUCUGGUACCACAUGUAUGGGUCAGCUACAGCAAUGGCCCUCAAUAUAUACCUGCUCAAGUCCAAUAAAGCUACCAAAGUCUGGUCCACAGUAGACAACCAGGGACCAGAAUGGCAUCCAGGAUAUGUUGAAAUCAGUGUCUCUGGUCCUUUUGAAGUCAUUUUAGAGGGAAUUCGAGGCUCUAAUGACCAGUCAGAUGUGGCACUAGAUGACAUUUCCAUCCACUUUGGUUCAUGCUCAGAUAACUUCCCUGGGCUAAUCAGUCAAACAGAUCGACCUUUCACAACAGCGGAUGUCCUCCCCUCAUACCCAGUUUGCGGUCUUGACUGCAGCUUCGACAACAACCUUUGUAGCUGGAAUCAGAUGAUUACAGAUGCGUUUGAUUGGACCUGGCAGAGUGGUUCUACCCCCACGGAGAUGACAGGGCCUUUGGAUGACCACACUGGUGGUGGCCACUAUCUUUACAUUGAAGCCAGCAGUGUUACACAUGGAGACACAGCUCGCAUUAUCAGCACUGAGUGUUCUGACUCCGGUCCUCAGUGUCUGCAGUUCUGGUACCACAUGUACGGCUCGGCUGACACCAUGGGUCUCCAUGUAUACCUGUACCAGGACAGAGUGGCCACCGCUGUUUGGAGGAAAAGGAACGACCAAGGGAAUAUGUGGCACCUGGCUCAGGUGGACAUCACAACAACUGGAGCCUUUCAGAUCAUCUUUGAGGGACGCAGAGGAUCCACUGAUCUCUCAGAUGUGGCCAUAGAUGAUAUCAGACUUUAUAGAGGCGUCUGCUCUGAUCUGAUUAGCGAUUUUACUACACAACCUCAUCAAAAUGCCACCACAGCUGAAAGUGUCUCAGCGCCAUCCACAGUUACUCCUCAGACCCCAGUAAUAAAUGCCACCACACGUCCCCCAGUGGAAGCAACAACCAUCACAGAAAAUGACACAUCAACUUCUCUACAAACCCAAGAACCUGAUCAAAACAGCACAUCCACAGAAGGUGUCUCUGUGCCGUCCACUGCCACUCCUGAGACCCCUGUGAUCACAGUAACUCCUCAGACCCCAGUAAUAAAUGCCACCAGACUUCCUCAUGUGGAAGCAACAACUAACAUUAAUAAUGACUGGACAACAUCUCUAUAUUCAGUCUGCACAAUGGACUGUGAUUUUGAACAAGACCUGUGUGAAUGGAGUCAAACGCCCACUGAUGCUUUUGACUGGACAAGGCAACGUGGUUCCACUCCUACAACAAUGACUGGACCUUCCUCUGAUCACACAACAGGAAGUGGCCACUAUCUUUACAUUGAAGCCAGCAGUGUUACACAUGGAGACACAGCUCGCAUUAUCAGCACUGAGUGUUCUGACUCCGGUCCUCAGUGUCUGCAGUUCUGGUACCACAUGUACGGCUCGGCUGACACUAUGGGUCUCCAUGUAUACCUGUACCAGGACAGAGUGGCCAACGCUGUUUGGAGGAAAAGGAACGACCAAGGGAAUAUGUGGCACCUGGCUCAGGUGGACAUCACAACAACUGGAGCCUUUCAGGUUAUCUUUGAGGGACGCAGAGGAUCCACUGAUCUCUCAGAUGUGGCAAUAGAUGACAUCAGACUUUAUCGAGGCGUCUGCUCCGAUCUGAUUAGCGAUUUUACUACACAACCUCAUCAAAAUGCCACCACUGCUGAAAGUGUCUCAGCAACAUCCACAGUUACUCCUCAGACCCCAGGAAUAAAUGCCACCACACCUCCCCCAGUGGAAGCAACAACCAACACAGAAAAUGACACGUCAACACCUCUACAAACCGCACAAACCCCAAAACCUGGUCAAAACAUCACAGCUACUCAAUUGGAUGUUGCAGCCAACAUGGGAAAUAACAGCUCACUGCUUUUACAUACAGCACCGUCUUGUCCAGAGAAUAGUCAUUACGCCACUUGUAUCCCUGUGUGCAGUGCAACCUGUGCACACCUGAAUGGCCCACCAGGCUGCAGCAACAGUGACACUUGUACGCCUGGGUGUGUGUGUGAUAAUGGCUUUGUGCAGAAGUCGCAGGUCUGUGUGCCUGUGGAGCAGUGUGGAUGUGUGGACAGCAGUGGCAGCACACACCGGUUCAGUGAAGUGUGGUACACCAACCGCUGCAGCCAGAAAUGUGAAUGUGAGAAGGAUGAUGGCGUGGGAAAGGUGGACUGUGCUGAUAAAGAUAAAUGUGAUGGAAGUGCUGUCUGCCUUCAAGAUCACAAGUGGGAUUUUUACUGCCAGGCUACAGACUUCAGUGAAUGCUCUAUAAAGGAAAACCACAAGUAUAAAACCUUUGACAAAGUGAAGCACGGGUUCAGGGGUGAGCUGUCGUAUGUGCUGGUCCAGACCAAGAAUUUACCGCAUAACGUGCCCCAUGUCUACAUUGAGGUCAGCUUUACUCGCAGCGCGGAGGACGACGAUGACAGCCAGCGACGUGGUGGCAGCAGCAGUGAGGAAGACCACAGCCUGAAGGAGAGCGAGAGUGAAGAGCGUGAGGGAGAACACGAAUUACGACAGCUCAAGAUCAGAGUGUACAAUCACACGGUGGCGUUUCAGAAUAAUUGGAGGCUAGUUGUGGAUGGAAAGAUAACUAAUACUCCUGUGUCACCAACUUCUGGUCUGAAUAUCCAAAGGCAUUCCUCUCAUUUUUACCUAAAGACCGACUUUGGUCUCUCCGUUGAGUUUGAUGGACACAGCUCUGCAACAAUUGUUCUUUCACAUAUAUACAAAAGGAAAGUGGGAGGUCUGUGUGGUAACUUUGAUGGACACCAGUGGAACGACCAGAUGAAGCCAGACGGGACCAGGGCCAGCGGGGUUCAAGAGUUUGGACAGAGCUGGCAGGUGUGAAUAUCAGGAGCUUACAAGAUCAUGAACCACCCCCUAAAUGUCCCCUGGGAAGCUGACCAGGAGAAAAAUGCCAUGACCAUAAUAUCACUCACACAAUACAAUAAAAAGCAACUGAAUUAAUGCUGAUUUAGUUCAUUUUUGCUGUCAAACAAUGACCAGCGGCAGUGACAUUCACAGUUUUCAGAAUCAAAGAAAUAGACAUUAAGGACACUAUGGCUAAACAAUUAUACAGAAUUACAAAUUAAUUUAUCAAUAUUAGUAAAUGCUGCUUGCUUAUACUUUGGCCGUAACUUUAAAAUAGAAUGUCAGUUUAUUGACAUGGUUUGAGUUUGAGUCAUCACCAUUUUAACAAUGAGCCCUGUGGUUCAGACUUCUCACCUGUGGCACUGGAAAACCUUUAGUCAUUAGAGAAAGGAAAAAGAAAAACAAUUGUACUUGUGACAAAAUUCAUUCAGUGGAGACGAGGAAGUCGCUUUUUAGCAGACAAUGGGAUUAUUCUUGCUCAGAGGUGUGUUAGUCAACGCUUGGUUUGUUAUGCUCGUGUAUAAAUAAGCUUUGGCUGAACAUGCACUGACAAAAGGACGGCUUUGUGAUGGGCUUGUUUCUACUGCUGGGCUUGUUGCCUCUUUAUUAUGGUGAGUCAAAAAUUAUUUACAACAUAUUAGGUGUAUACAACAUAAUAUGAUUUACAUCAUUUGUACUGCCCUUCACUAGUACUUUGUUUAUUAGUUAAUUAGAGAUAUGUACGUAUGUAGGUCAAAAACAGCUAAAGUGGUGAGAGAGCAACAUUCAUCUGUUAUGAGCUUUUAAUAAAUAUGUGGUUAUGUCCUGUGUAUAGAGAAACUUUGGCUGUAAAUUGUUAUUUAUUAAGAAAUGUUUACAAAUUAAAGAAUGGCCCAACUUAACUGAAAACUGUGUGAAUAAAUCAGAAUGAUGCUUAUUGACUGAGCGAUUUGUCCCACAACUUCUAUUACUAUGUGUUUUCCAUUCUACAUCCUACAUGUAUGAUGUGUUUUCAGGGUUUGGGUCGCAGUUGUUGUGUAUGCAUGUCCAAGCUUCACACCUCAAUUGCUAUUUUUAACAGUGCAGAUACUCAAGUCU